GAGCCAGAAACCCGGAGCCGCCCAGGAAUUUUGGCUGGGACUGCAUUUCCUUGGGUCGGGCGGGCGUGAUCCCGGGGAGGCGGCUACGGACACACAGGCUGUGCUCGGUUGGCUCCUCGUCAUGCAGCCGCUACUCUGCGCCCUGGCCGGGCUCGCUCUGCUCGGCGUCGAGGCGGGUGAGUGGGAUCAGGGACCCAGGGACACCCCCGGACGGCGAGCUGUUGAGUCCCCCGGUUCCUCCAGAGAAGACCUAGCUUGGGGCCCAGGCUGUGACAGACAUGUGGCUAUCCAAGGCCGUUUAGACAUCAUGGAAGAGACAGUGGAGAAGACAGUGGAGCACCUGGAGGCAGAAGUGACGGGUCUGCUGGGCCUGCUGGAGGAACUGGCUUCGAAUCUACCCCCAGGGCCCUUCAGCCCAGAACCGGACCUGCUAGGAGGUGAUCACUUCUGACCAUCAGAGGUAUUGGAACCUGGCAACUGAAGAACCAAGUUAGGCUUCUUGCCUUCCUGCCCCACCUCUGUGUGAAAUAAAUGCUACUGCUCGGGCCCACGAUUGCUAA